AUGUGGCUGAUUGUUUUCUUUACUUUGAGCUAUGAUCUUGUCUUGGCGUCAGCCUACAGCAACUUUCGGAAAAGCCUGGACACCAUAGGGAAGAAGCAGUAUCAGGUUCAGCAUGGAUCAUGCAGUUACACCUUCCUACUGCCGGAGAUGGACAACUGCCGCUCCACUUCUAGCUCCUACGUGUCUAAUGCAGUGCAGAGAGAUGCCCCGCUGGAUUAUGAUGAUUCUGUGCAGAGGCUGCAAGUACUUGAAAACAUCAUGGAAAAUAAUACCCAGUGGCUCAUGAAGCUUGAGAACUAUAUCCAGGACAAUAUGAAGAAAGAAAUGGUAGAGAUGCAACAGAAUGCUGUACAGAACCAGACUGCAGUAAUGAUUGAAAUAGGAACAAACUUAUUAAAUCAAACAGCUGAGCAAACACGUAAACUAACAGAUGUUGAAGCCCAAGUACUGAAUCAGACAACCCGACUUGAACUUCAGCUUUUGGAACAUUCUCUUUCCACAAAUAAACUGGAAAAACAGAUCUUAGAUCAGACCAGUGAAAUAACCAAACUUCAAGACAAAAACAGUUUCCUAGAAAAAAAAGUCCUUGAUAUGGAAGACAAGCAUACAGUGCAGCUACAGUCAAUAAAAGAUGAAAAAGAUCAGCUUCAAGUGUUAGUAUCCAGACAAAAUUCCAUAAUUGAAGAACUGGAAAAACAGUUAGUGACAGCUACAGCAAACAACUCAGUUCUUCAAAAGCAGCAACACGAUCUGAUGGAGACUGUCCACAGCUUGCUAACUAUGAUAACAGCACCAAACUCCAAGAACUCCUUUGUGGCUAAAGAAGAACAAAUCAUUUUUAGAGACUGUGCUGAGGCUUUCAGAGCAGGCCUCACUACUAAUGGCAUCUAUACAUUAACUUUUCCUAAUUCUACUGAUGAGGUCAAGGCAUACUGUGACAUGGAAUCCAGUGGAGGUGGAUGGACAGUUAUUCAGAGGCGGGAAGAUGGCAGCACUGAUUUUCAGCGAACGUGGAAGGAAUAUAAAAUGGGAUUUGGCGAUCCUGCUGGAGAGUACUGGCUAGGAAAUGAACUUGUUUCCCAGUUGACUAAUCAACAACGCUAUGUGCUUAAAAUACAUCUUAAAGAUUGGGAAGGAAAUGAGGCAUAUUCACUGUAUGAACAUUUCUAUCUUUCAAAUGAAGAACUCAAUUAUAGGAUUCACCUUAAAGGACUUACGGGGACAGCAGGCAAAAUAAGCAGCAUAAGCCAACCAGGAAAUGAUUUUAGCACAAAGGAUGCAGACAAUGACAAAUGUAUUUGCAAAUGUUCACAAAUGCUAACAGGAGGUUGGUGGUUUGAUGCCUGUGGUCCUUCCAACCUAAAUGGAAUGUAUUAUCCACAGCGGCAGAACACAAACAAGUUUAAUGGCAUCAAGUGGUACUACUGGAAGGGAUCAGGGUAUUCUCUCAAAGCCACAACUAUGAUGAUUCGACCAGCAGAUUUCUAAAUUCUUUGACAUUCUCUGUGAAUGAAAUCUUGUAUUAUCUUGAGAGACCUCAUUUGCAAAGCAUUUAAACACACCGCUGCAUCUUAUCUUAUUUCCACCUCAGAAAACAUGGACUUGUGCACCAAAGGGAUCAUGUUCUGAACUGCAACAUUGUAAUAUUCAUCACUUUAACCAGCAUUUUUCCAAUAGUCAAUGCAAGAUCUACAAUAUGAAGUAAUAUGGAAUUAUAAUGAUGUCAGAAGGACUGUAGAAAAUAAAUUUAUGUUCAAGAGAUGAUCUAAUAACAGAAGGACUCUUCUCACAAUCAUUGGUGUUAUGUGUGAUUUUCUCAAGUAAACUGGAAUUGUGAUAUAUUCAGAAAUAUUGCUAACUACACUCUGUUAGAGAAUUCAAUUACUCAUGAAACUUCAUUCCAUACUAUUUUGUUUUAUGCUGUUUUUAGAUUGUGAAAAUAUCCAUACUUUCCUAAUUUUGCACCACUCCCAAUAUUAAAAAGAUAAAAUUGCCCUUUGUAAAAUCCUAUAAGCCAUUAAAACAUGUAUCUAGGGAUUUCCUCAGAAAUGAAUACUACAUGGCUUAAUUAAUAUUUGGGGAAGAAAGAAAGGAAACUCCACUUGGGUCCUUUGAGUUUUACCAUGAAAAAAUAGCAUUGGCUGCUUAAUUUCAAACACAUUUUGGAGUUCAUACUUCUUGGUCUUAUAUUUAAAAUCUAAAUCUUUAAUAUAUUCAUUGUGGUAUGUGUUUCAUUACAAUUUAUAUGAAGAGUACACUA